GCAGCUUCAAAGCAGACUCCCACUGGACAGAGCAACAAACUCCCAGCAGCCUUUGCAACAACCCGGAAUGGUCCACAAGGGUCAGAGAAGGAAAGGUGGUGUGGUGUGCGGAGGAAGGCAGACAAGCAGCUCCUCCAUUGCCAUGGCAACCAUUCCCGACUGCGUGGACAACGCCACACAGACUGACAUCUCCUUCCAGCACGGUGGGAGGGGCCAAGGUCGCCAGGGUGAUGGGGGCUCCUCCCCUCCCCCGCCCACAGAGCAUCACCAGCUGGGGGAGGAGCCAGAGAACAUCUGUCCUCACCAUCCAUCUCCCCUCAGCUGCACCUUGGACCACCAGCUGGAGUACCAGGUCCACCACCAGCUGGACCACCAGGAGGUGGCGCUCUACAAGUCCAGCCAGGAGGAGAAGCUGGGCCUGACGGUGUGCUACAGGACAAAGGACGAGGACCACCUGGGCAUCUACGUGGGCGAGGUCAAGCCAGACGGCAUCGCCGCCAAGAACGGACGCAUCAGAGAGGGAGACAGAAUACUUCAGAUCAACGGCCUGGACAUCCAGAACCGAGAAGAAGCGGUGGCCAUUUUGAGCCGAGAUGAUAGCAUCAACUUCUCUCUGCUGCUUGCUCGACCCAACUUGAAGGACGAGGCAACAGAGACCACCAGAGCGACCCAGGAGGACCGAGCCUUCUUGGACAUGCUAAAUAAUCAAGAGCCCUCCUCUGGUUCUUGGAGCCUGUGUCAUGGAGGACCACCUGAGUUGUCCAUCGGAGGACAACUGGAUGAUGAUGAAGGUGACACGGAGGAAGGACAAAAGGCGGAGCGCCCAGUGCCCCUCCCCCCGCUGCUCAACCUGCUGUCCACCAGCCAAGACCUGGACAGCGGACUGGGUCGCACCGACGACAGCACGCGCUACGAGGAGUCCUCCGAGCACGACCUGCUGGGGGAUCAAACCAGCGCCUGCAACACCGGCACCACCAACACACCCGGCAGCACCCGCAAGUUCCGGCCAGGACCCAGUCCAAGACUAAGUCCAAGACCCAGUCCCGGGUUCUGCCCUAGCCCCAAGCUGGCCCCCAGUCCUGGCAAUGGCCGAGGAGACUCGACCCCUCCUUUCCUACACCUGCCUGACCUGCAGCUCUGCUCUGACUUUCUCACUGGACCGGACUGGACAGAGCCAGCCCACCACAAGCCCCAGCCGCACAGGAGUCCUGGAAACACGAUGACCAUGCCUGGCCUGACGGAGGACGAGUGCCAGCAGUACCAGGGGCUGCUUGAGAUCAGGUACCAGUACGAGUACGAGUCCCAGGUCAAAGAGUCAGGUCUUGAGGAGGGAAAAGACGGAGAGGAGUGGGAGGGAGGAGAAGUGAGCGUGAGCGAGCACCAGAUGGCGCUGGUGGAGGAGGAGCUGCGUCACCUGGAGUUCAAGUGUCGCAACAUCCUGCGCGCUCAGAAGAUGCAGCAGCUCCGGGAGCGCUGCCUGAAAGCCUGGAUGAUGGAGGAGACCACAGGUAUUUUUGACGGCGAUGAGAGCCGAGAGUUGUCAGCCAUCAACGAGCUCCCGAAACGUUCCAAUGACAGCACCGGCGCCUACAACAGCAGUCGCAGCACUCCAUUAGACAGCUGUGGGCAGAUACCGCCUCUCCAGGAAGAAGACCACAACACAGGCAGACCGCCAAUGUACCCGCCUACACUCCUAGCCCUCAGUCACCUUCCACCCUUCAACUCGCCCAUCGCUAGCCGUCGCCGAGACCGUGAGAGGCGACACUCCAAUCUCGGGUGCUCACUCUCGCCUGGCGCUGGACGGAGUUACGACCAGGGGAACAGCUCACGCUCCAUGCCUUCCACGCCUUCCAAGUUCAGAUCUCUGUCCAAAGAGGCGGGCUCAUCUUCUAGGAGGGAUGUGGCUGGCGAAGAGCUGGGCUCCAAAACUGCUGCCACUCCUAUCAGGCAUGGAGGAGGCAGCGGAAAGUCCAGCCCCUUCUUGUCCCACCAAAGUAGAGUCAAACCCUUGGAACGCUACCAGAGCUGCAUCGCGCUGCCUUCUGAUGGCCUGGUAGAGCCGCUGGAUCGGCUCUUGAGAGGAGAGGGAGGGGAGAGAGGGGAGGGCACAGGCAGCAGCGGGCCCGCCAGUCCCCGCAGCGUGAAUAGCGCCCCAUGUGGUCUGGAGGAGCAGCAUGCAGUCUCACGGUUGGGACUGGCGUUACCGCUUGGGUUGCUGCACUCGUCGCCAACGUCUACAUCACAGCGCAUGGAAUGGAAGGUGAAGAUCCGCAGCGACGGCACACGUUACGUGGCCAAGCGGCCUGUGAGAGACCGCCUGCUCAAGGCCAGAGCCAUGAAGAUCAGAGAGGAACGUAGCGGCAUGACGACUGAUGACGACGCUGCCAGUGAGAUGAAGCAGGGGCGAUACUGGAGCAAAGAAGAGAGGAAGCAGCAGCUGCUGAGAGCCAGAGAGAACAGACGAAGGAGAGAGUUCAUGAUGCAGAGCCGCCUGGACUACUUGAAGGGGGAUAGGGAUACAUCAUCAUCACAAGGCGGCGCUGAAGAGCCUCCAUCUGUUUAUGUACACAAGGACAACAGCAUCCUCCUCCUGAGCCAGAAGAGGAGCACCAAGAAGAGGAAUCGACGCAUCCUGGACAACUGGGUGACCAUCCAGGAUCUGCUGGCUCACGGCUCGCGAUCUCCAGACGGAAAGAAAAUAUUUAAUCCACUCCUCUCCGUGACCACGGUGUGACCCAAACAGGUCAUAACGAGAAGAAAGACACAGAGAUGCUGUGACCAAAUCAUUGCUUUUAAAAGUGUGGGAAUAAGGAUUCUAAUUGUGUGGAAUUGAUUGUUGAUUAUUAGAACUGGAAAAUUCAACCAGCAGAGGUACGGAUGAUUCAGUCUGGACUAGUUUAAUGUUGAAAGAAGAACAAGAAGAGCUAAGUCAAUGCAGAUGUCCACUAUGGCAAGUCUACUGUGAUCAAUAUACUAAUACAUCAAUUCAUAUUCAAAAUAACCCCUUGUUAAUUGUCUGCAACUCAUUCUGCCAUAGCAGAAACAUAUUUGACAUUGGUAUUCUCAUGUCUCUGUUCCUUGACCAUUCCAUGGUCGACACACAGAACAGUGGUCAGAGAGAAAAACAACUCGUGUAGAUCAGAGCACAGGAGAUCUUAUGUGAAAUCAACAAAUUCAAUUUGUCUUUAACAUUUCAGACAGGACUUUCCUCCAGAACUGGAUGUUCAAAUCCACCAUUGCCCAGCUCUCAUUAUGGCUGCUUUGUCGCAGAAGACUUUAGGUCAAGCCUUAAAAAACAAAACCCCAAUAACUCUCUACUAUAUCCUUGGCUGCACCUGGAGAUUCUGUCCUUAAACAUAACCAGCCUUGACCAACAUCUACAACCAACCAUUUGCUGGAAAUGUCAGCACAAAAGCCCAUACAGUCGCAGAGAACACCACAGAGAAAGCACAAGGACUCCCAAGUAUUUCCUAAAGAUCUGGUCCAAUGGUCCGCAUUGUUCCUGGAUCUCAGGUUGGACAAACAGCCAGACUCACCUUUCAAGUUCUUGGGAAAAUACUUUUCAAGCAAGGGUAUUAUCACUUAUUAGAGGUGAAGCGGACGGAGGCGGUAGCCAUGUUUCUGCCUCACACAAAGUGCACAAUGCCCACCAGGCAGCUUCUGUUGAAUGUACAAGGUCACAGGCUGCUCAUGUUCCAGACCAGGUUCUGCUUCAAGUCAAGACCAACUUGAGUUCCAGUUCAAAAGUGUUUUUAUUGACUUAAAGAAUGCAUGGAUUAUUCAAUGAUUAAAUAUGCUUCAAAUGUAGUCAAUGUUUGUACUUCCCAUGCUAUAGUUCUUUACAGUCAAUAAAGUACACAAGCUGUUCCAAACCAC